AUGGAUGAAAGUGAGACAAUUUCUGAGUACUUCGACAAGAUUCAGGAAAUUGUGAACGCGAUGAGGACGAGCAGGGAUACAAUCAUUGAUCAGCAGGUGGUUGAUAAAAUUCUCAGAACACUGCCACAGAGAUUUGAUCAUAUAGUCAUGACAAUUGAAGAAACAAAGGACCUGGAGGAGAUGGAAUUGGAGGCCAAAACGAAGAAAGAAGAAAAAUAUGAAGAUGACUCCAAGCCCAAGAAAGAUAUCAAGAAACAAGGAAAAGAGGGGAAAGACUGGAAGUUCGAUAAGAAGACAUUGAAGUGCCACAACUGUCAAAAGUUUGAUAACUUUGCAUUCGAAUGUUGGUAUGGAGAAGGUGCCAAGAACAGGCCAAAGAACCAAGCCAAUUUGGCUCAAGACGCGGCUUCCUCUGACUCAGAUGUUGUGAUGCUCAUGGCUAAAACCAGUAACAUCAGUUCAGAUGAAGAAUCUUCAAGGUAUCUAGAUUCUGGAUGUUCCACACAUAUGACAAGAAGGAAGGAUUGGUUCAUCAAGCUUGAUGAUACUUCUCAUGGUAAGAUCAGGUUUGCCAAUGAUAGCAGCCUAAACUUAGAAGGUGUUGGAGGUGUGGUGUUGAGAGAUUCAGAUGACAGAGAAGUUGUAGUUGAUGGUGUCCUAUACAUGCCAGGUCUGAAACCAAACCUAUUGAGUCUUGGACAACUGCUGUAG